UUCUGAGUUUGCGCUAUUGAUGGUUAUGACGACAAUUUGUGCGCAGUGUUAAAAUUCUUGGACAUUUUCAUCAGUUUCGCAACAUUUAUAACACACUUUUUAACGUAUUAUUAUUUAUUUGACAGCAUGGCAAAAGUGUCUUCAUAUACUCUUUUUAUUUUUAUCGAGUUUAUGGUAUAGGUUAAAAUUUCCGUGAAAUAUGUUUGUUUUGUAAAUAGUGCACUUCAUAGGCUAGGUUCUUCAAUCUGCAACUUGAUUCUUCGCAUUUUAAGUUAUUUAUUUGAUUAAUAAUUAUUUAUUUUUAUAAGAAUUUUGUUGAAAGUGAUACUAUUUUGAGCUAAGUUACUUGUGAUGUGCUAAGAUCUGUUUUUCCAUCUAAACAAAGAAAUGGAUAGACUAUUAUGAAACUAGGAAUUUGACGAGUGGUUGGAAGAAACAAAAAAUAAUGCAGUUCAUUGAUGAAAAUAGUUCCGAAAGUGGGCCUGAUUCUCUGCUAGAUCAAUGUUGUAAAUACAUUGCACAUAAUUUAAGCAUUAUAAGCCAUGAAACUGAACAAGGUUAUGAACUGUUGCAUGGGGUAGCCCUGCCUAGAGAGAUCUGCGAAAAACUUAUACAAGCGUAUUUGCAAUGUAAGACUGUUUUGGAUGAUAGAUUCCUUAGAAUAUUUUCAAAUCCAGAAGUUACAAACCUGAAAAGAAUUUCGUUGAAGGAGUCAAACAUAAAUGAUGAUGGCUUGAAAAGGCUAGUUAGUCACAACUUGGCUGAAUUAGAACUUGUAAAAUGUACUCGUAUAUCACCAGAUUCUAUAAAGGCUAUAAAUAUGCACAAUGAGUGCUUCACAUCUCUAAUUAUAGGUAGAAACGUGAAUUUACUGCCUUAUAAGCCUUAUCUAAUGAAUGACUUAUCUAGUGAAAGACCUCUCGUGAAUGAGACAUAUCCCGUACUCAAAUUACCAAAUCUUAGACGCUUAACUCUACAUAGUUUCCGGGUGGAAGAAGCACGAUUCAUAAGUUUAAUUCUGGAGCAGUUUCCUAAAUUAAUGUACUUGGACUUAUCCAACAGUGCACCUCUGGGAAAUCUGUCGUGUCUGACAUCCAAAUCAAGUCUAGUGUCAUUGUGUCUGCACAACGCAGAAAACAUUUUGGAAAUGCUGCCUUCAAUAUGCACGUUGAAAAGUUUAAGACACUUGGAUAUUUCGCAUACGCACGAUAAGACUGGCGUGUUUGUCAAUCACAACUACAUUCUGAAAUCGAUUGUAAUAAGCUUGCCAAAUUUAACUUCAUUAGAUAUAUCUGGAACAAAUUUAGCUGGCACAGGAGUUGCAGAACACACUAUUCAUCAUAUGAAAGGGAAAGAAGAUGACGAUGAAAUUGAGAUGAAAGAAAUUGAAAUGAAGGAUAAUGUACAACACAGAACGGAUAUACCUGGACUGGUCACUCGAGUUAACAACCCGUUUGAAUUUCUUGGCCUUUACGGAACACACCAUGGGGCUUGCAGACGCCAUGAUAUACCGGCCAAAGUGAUUUCAGGUGACGCAAACGAAGCUCAAAUUCUGACGGCAGCCGCAGCCUACAUUGGUCGCCCAGACGUGUUGCAGCGUGUGUUGAACGACUUGUACCAUCUGUUGCGAUACGAGUCUUGUCAGGACAUCACCAGAUCCCUCAUGAUUGUCUUGGAAGCAAUGGAUAGGCACGUCUCCAAGAAGCACAUACAAAUAUCCGGAAGUGCAUCACUUUUCUACAUUGUGAAAAUAAAAGACAAGCCAUCACUCCCACUCAGUACGAAACGGCGCAUCAUUACGACGCUUUUGAAUGGCAUGAACGCUCAUAAAUAUGAUGACACCAUGAUGAGAAACGGCUGCCUUACUCUGUGCCAGUUCAAAAUUCCUUAUGAUGUGUUGUUCGAAUACGAGAGACUGGUGCCGAUGCUUUUGCACAUAGUUUCCGACAUGGAGCAGGAAGGCUUUGUGCAGAGAAUCGGCAUCUAUCUGCUCAACUCUCUCGCUUGUCAGGUCGAUGGCUCCCAGAAGAAAUUGCUCGGUGAACUCGGAGCAAUAGAUAAAAUGCUAGCGCUAAUCGAUGACAGACUUCGGCGUGCCAGAUGCGAUGAUGUUCUCGAAGUGGCCUGGUCGACCAUGUGGAAUGUGACCGACGAAACAGCCGAAAACUGUAAGAAAUUCCUCGAAAGAAAAGGAUUGGAGUAUUUCCUGUCUUGUCUCAGGCUGUUCCCCAACAAGGACGAGCUGAUGAGGAACAUGAUGGGGUUGCUAGGCAACGUGGCCGAGGUGAAGGCGCUGAGACCCCGGUUGAUGACGUCACGAUACAUCUCGGUUUUCGCUGAGCUGGUCGAUUCGACCAGCGAUGGAAUCGAGGUGAGCUACAACGCGGCAGGUGUGCUGUCGCACAUCGCUUCGGACGGCGAGGAAGCGUGGAGCAUCAAGGAACCGUCGCGUUGGUUGGUGCUGUCGCGCAUGGUGCAGGCCAUAGAGCGCUGGAACCUGCGUUCGGAUCGCAACAUCAACUAUCGCUCGUUCGAGCCGAUUCUGCAGUUGGCGCGUGUCCGACAUACGCCUGAGUGCCAGCACUGGGCUGUGUGGGCCCUCGCCAACCUCACCACUGUCUACCCUGAGAAAUACUGCAGCCUGGUGGAAGCGGAAGGAGGCAUAGAGAUUUUGCAAAGCGUGAUCGCCGAUGAAGCGCCUUAUGACCGCAUCAAGGAGUUGGCAGCCAUGGUGAUCAAUCACUGUCAAAGCCAUAGACAAGCCAACCCCGACAACCAACUCGAGCUGGAUGGCUGACCAGCUUACCUCACUCAAAAACCAACACAUCACACCCAAACAUCAUUGAUAUUGAAUAGAAUUCCACUUGCCACAUCUAAAAGACAUGGCACCGGUUGCACAAAAGCCCGUUGAAUUUUAAUCCAGAUUAAAUCCCAAGAGAACUAAUCAGAGAAGGUUUUUUGAAGGCUUUUCUUAUCGGUUCUAGUGGUAUUUAAUCAUGAUUAAAAGUUGAAUUUUAAUCCAGAUUAAAUCCCAAGAGAACUAAUCAGAGAAGGUUUUUUGAAAAGAAAGCUUCUCUGAUUGGUUCUCGUAGUAUUUAAUCAUGAUUAAAAGUUGAAUUUUAUUCCAGAUUGAAUCCCAAGAGAACUAAUCAAAGAAGGUUUUUUGAAGGCUUUUCUGAUCGGUUCUAGUGGUAUUUCAUCAUGAUUAAAAGUUAACAAACUUCUGUGCAACCGAGUGUAGGUGAUUUGCAACUUCCAAUCUGUCCCAAUUUCAAGAGGUUAUUUUAUUUCUCGUUUCUGUUUCCACUCCCACUACCCUUAACUGAAGAGAUAAUUAAAUUUGAUAAGAGUGAAACUAACCUUAACUGAAGAAAUAACUUAAUAAGUGAAAAAUUUGAUGAAAAUACGUUGGAAAUGGUAACUAGUUUAUCAUAAAUUAUUCAAUAUCUAUUUAUUUAUGCAUUCAUAAAAUACAAUAUUAUUUUUAAGGUGCGUAUAGACUCAUGAGCCAAGAAACAUGCUAUACAAAAACGGGCAUUUCACUUUUCAUCACCUGAUGCUAUUCCUAUUAUAUCUGUAUUUGUACAGAGCUAGUAAGGUACAGUGACAUAAUUAGUAUUGCAUCAGCUGAUGUAAUGUGAAAUGUGUGUGUCCGUGCACUACCUCCGUAAACAUAUCUGUUUACGUGGUUCGUGGCGCAUAAGUCUGUUCGCACCUUUUUCAUUUAUUGCGAAAUUGGAAUUGAUUGGAAGUUGGAAACAUUAGACUUGAGGAAUUCUGAUCUUUAAUACUCUUAUUGAUUCUAACUGGCUUUACAUUGUUCCUUUCAGGAGACCUCUCCCAUUUUAACUUACAGAGAUUUUUAUUUUUAACGCUUUCUUGAAUAAACAGAGAUUAAUAUAUAUUAUAUUUAUUUUAAAAACAUGAUUACUUGUUCUGUGUGAGUUCGGAUUAUAUUAUAAUAAUAAUUAUUAUAUUAUUUUAAACCUGUAAAUUAAUUUUUAUUAUUUUAUAUAGAUUUAUCAUAAGUAUAAGUUUUUGUUCAAGCGUUCUGUCAAAAAUAUUUUCUCGUAAUAAUUCUAUUUACUUGGUCUCAUAUGGUCAAAUUUCUAAAGCUGCGUUUACACCAAAGUUAUUAACAAAAUGUUAAUCCUUAUAGAUUCUAUUAGAUUGAACAUAACUUAUCAUACACAUGAUGAACAUAUGUGUUUGUCAAGUUCCGUUCAAUCUAAUAGAAUCUAUUAGGAUUAAGUUAUUAACAUUUCGUUAAUAACUUUGGUGUAAACCCAGCUUGAAUAAUUUUAGUUUUUCAAUGUCAUUGCAAUUAAUAACCACAAUGUCAUUGAUAUAGUAGGCCUAAUUGAGAUAAUACCUUGUUGAAAUUACUUUAUCUAUCUUAUUCAAAUUCAGGAAUUUCAUUACCCUCAUUUAAUGUUUUAUUGAUUUUUGAUUGAAUGUUGUUUUUGUGCUUUCAUAACAUAUUGUAACUUUAAUAUCAACCCCAUUAUAUCUUGCCAGUAGGUCCCUGAGUUAACCUGUGUACAUUGUACAAUCAAGGCAUAACGUAUUAAUAUUCUCCGUGUACAUACGGUAUUUAAAAUUAAGACUUGAGUUACUUUGAAAAACAAUAACAGUUGUAUUGAUGAUUUUUAUUGAACGUUUUAAUAAUGACAUUGUAUUAGUCUAUGGAAUGCUUGUAAAAAAUAAAUAAUAUUUAAUAUCAA